UCUGACGAGAAAGAGCUUGUAAGAGCAAGUAAGGCAGCGAGAUCCUCCUUUUGGAAGCCCAAACAGGAAAGAGGGAGAUCAUGUGGGAGUGCUUCCUUACAUAACAGCACUCCCUCACCCAAAACAGUCACGUUACCCAGGACAGUCUCACGCCCAUCCAGGACGUUGGGGCAAACACCAGCUCCGCUGUUACAAGGCAGCAGACCGCCGGUCCAGCAGCUGAGACCUUUCCUAAUUCAAAAGAUACUGCUUCCUUCAGGAAAAAAAAAAACAUCAAAUUCUCACAUCCCAGGAGAAUCAAAGAUGGAUGAGUUCAGGAAACAUUCUGUUGAAUUUUAUGAUAAUAUGUUGUUGGAUGGAGCUAAACUGGCACCAGAAGAGAAGCUUUUUUCCUAUAAGGGAGUGUUGUAUCCUGCUACUAUUUGUUGUGCAGAAACUUUAACUGCUCUUGAAACCUUUGAAGCCAGGAGGGAUGAUGUGAUCCUGACAGGAUAUCCUAAAACUGGUACCCACUGGCUUGAUAAGAUCCUAAACAAUGUGGUAGACAUUGGUGCAAAAUAUACAGAAGAGGAAAAGAACAAGAGAAUUGAUAUUGAAAACGAAUUGGCGAUGCCUCCACGCCUUGAGUUUGUUCAUGCAGAUAAAUUAAAGAUGAUGGAAAAACUACCGUCCAGAAGGAUCAUUGUAACACAUCUGACUCCUGAUACACUGCCCAAAUCUAUUUUCAAAAACAAAGCCAAAGUAAGUUCACAAAUCUUAUAUACUUCGCUCCAGGAUACUUUA